CUCUAUCAGUUGCUGGACUGCUCCAUACGGACUUUAAAUCAUGCCGUAACGGUCUUUGAGUGUCAUUCCUUGAGUGGAGCCGCGCCAUGGGGCGACAGGCGUAUCUGAACAGGCUGGCUUUGGGCCGAUCGCCCUAUGAAGCCCCGGAGCGCCCAGAAGGGUCAACAGCGAGGACAACGUACCGCACGGACUCGGGGACUCACGCGGAUGAAUAUGUUCAGCAUUACGAUGACCGGGGCCAUCCGGUCAAUCCAGAGUCCAAGUCAUUUGGACGAGAGCUUCGGAGAGCCAAAAAUGACAUUCUUUCAACGAUGGGGAUUGUCGUCAGCGAGGACGCAAAGGCCAGUGGGCCUAGUGAACAGCAGAAGGUCGACAUGAUAGCUGCGGAGAAUGACUAUGGUCUGGUCAUGGCGACAUUGGACCAAGUGUCAGUCUUUCUGGGGUCGUGGUGGACCUCAUCGCUCGCCGGCCGCAUACAGACUUUUCGGAGUUAUACACAUGAGCCACUCAUGAACAUACUCCGGCGUGAGCGAGCGUCGGUGGGCAUCGUGGGCUUUUACUUCGCCGGCAUUCCGUCCUGGGCAAUCUCGACAUGCUUAUCCAUUUGCCGACACCAUCCGCUCGAGCGCUUCAUUUCGUCCUUGCAAAAUCGCUUCCCUGGUGAUGACAUAUGGUCGAAGAUGGUGCGAUCGUCUUUCACCCUCCUACAUUCUGCGACUCGAGGCACACUCCUUAUAAUGGCUAUCCAGACAUACAUGUACUCUCUCCUACAAUCUCUCCAUCUGGUCCAUCCCUACGCGCUGCCAGGCCUCCAUUUUCUCAUUCCUUUUGGAGAAUUCGCACCCAUGCAAUUUCCCUCCUUGCCAACCGACAUCUCGCCGACAUCGCUGGCCAGCUUUGCCCUGCAUCUCGUCAAGACCCCGUCCUUCCUGGUGUACCUCUAUGUGUACCUACGUCCGGUGAUAGAGAUACGGCUCUAUCGUCUGAUCCGUCGCCGACUGCCCAAGCCGACUCUGGCGGACGAGCUCUCCAUCAAGGUGGCCUUCGACAAUGACCUUAUUGAUUGGAUGGUGCCAACGCUUGGGCGCCGAUCCGAAGAAGAAAACCGUCGCAACUCACUCACACUCUUGGAAGAUGUCAUGUAUGAGAUCAGCUUCCUGAAAGACUGGGCGCUGUCGUGGGUGGGCUUCAAGUCCCAGCGAACGAUACGUGCGCUGGAACAGGCAGCAGACGCCCGCCAUAGACAGCUGUCGGAGUCCUUGCCGCCGAAUAUUGAACAACUGCGGAACGAGCUCCAGGCUACAGCUCAUCGGGCAGAGGAGUUGACGCCUCCACAGCAUCAGCUCCCAGAACUCGCAGCCAUACGCACUAGUUCGCCGCAAACCCCAGCCCCUGUUCAUUCGCCGGAUUCAGGGGUCGACUUCGGUGGGAGCCGCGUUCUUCCGCAUGAAGAGGAUAGAAUGUCUCAUUCCCCUGCGGAGAUGAGCGCCGAAGAUUUUACCGGCAUGCCUCUAGAUCGGACAAGAGCCGCAGCCCCUACGGCGGGCCAGCCUUCCACUUCGGCAAACGUAUCAGAAACAAGACCGGAUGGUGGCAACAACACCGACAAUCGGCGUCAUUCCCGCUCGAACACACUGUUCUCCCGACCCUCCUCUCCGGAAACGUCGUCUCCGACUUCGCCCCGCGUUCGGGCGUCGCUCAUCCACCAGAACUCCGAUGUGAUUACCAUGCAACUCGAGUUGCUCGGAAGCCGUAACCUGCAGAACCACGGUCAACUGAAUCCCAGGACCGGUAAUCAGAUCGAACAACUCACAUCCGAGGGGGAACCGGCAGACCGGCGGUCAAUCUCUGAGUUCUUAGAUACUCUGCUAUCUAACCAAGGGCAAAAUCUCAGCACGAUCGUCAACUCUGACACCAUAGACAGUGAUGGGCUUUCAAACCUGACUCCGGGGCUGUCUCCUACUCCUGGAGACAUUCCGCCUACGCCUGCAGUGGAGGUCGAAGACCAACCGCAAAUAGCAAGCGCGGAUCCCCCGACUGGGAAUCUCCAUCUCGGAGAGUCCCUCUUAGUCUCUUCCAACAUCCUACCAGACAGCGUUGAAGAGCCAAUUCACGAUGAUACGCAGGAACCACCCCCCGACAUCGUGCAAACCCUCGAAACCGAUUUCGACUCGGAACUGAUGCAUGGCAUAUCAGAUACAGCCGUCAGGGAAGCGCCAAUGACAACAACAACCGGCUCAGCUUCAGCGGCCCACCGGGUGACCAUUCUCUCCUCUCACCCCGUCGACUCUCUCGCCUCCCACCUCGCAUCCAUGAUCACCACUGUCCUCUUCCUCCCCCUCGAAUCCUUAUACCUUCGCUCUCUGGCGUCGUCAUACCUGUCUUCCACCGGCGCGCCGGCUAUCCAGCUCGCGAAUGUCCGCGGCCUGGGUGUGUGGGGUGGCGGUGGCCCUCGGACUGAUAAGCUGACAUAUUUGGGAAAGAUGACCCUGAUGCUCGGCAUUCAAGCGGCCGUGAAUGCCAGUGUCUGGGGAAUCAUAUCCGGUUCGGCUAUCAAGAUCGGGAGGAAGUUCUGUGGGUGGGGGACUUUGUGAAUAGACAAAUCGUAGUAAUCAAAUUGGGCGGUCAUAUACACUAAUGGUUACAUCAAAUUUAC